CAGACACUGAAGCAACUCAUCUCAUCUGGAUUAAUUUGACGUCUUUUAAAGGCAGCCUGCACCUUCAUAAAAAGCUCCUGCACCAAGUGCCUCCAUGGUGCCUCCGGCGAAGAGCGACAGGAUCAUCACUCACCUCCCCAAGUGCUUCAGUCCCAGAGCGGCGCUGCACACCGAAGACGUCUUCCACCCCGACGUGACGGCCGCCUGCCACCACCGCAGGGAGGAUGCCGUCAGCUUCAACGUGGCCAAAGUCAUCGUCGUGGGCGACGUCUCUGUGGGGAAAACGUGCUUGGUCAGCAGGUUCUGCAGCGGUGCCUUCAGCAGGGACUACAAGGCCACCAUCGGCGUGGACUUCCAGAUGGAACGCUUCCAGGUGCUCGGCGUCCCCUUCAAUCUGCAGCUGUGGGACACAGCAGGUCAGGAGCGCUUCAAGUGCAUCGCCUCCACCUACUACAGAGGAGCUCAGGCCAUCAUUGUGGUGUUCGACCUGGGCAGGGCCAGCUCAUUAAUCCACGCCAGGCAGUGGCUGGAAGACGCCAUGAAGGAGAACGACCCGUCCAGCGUACUCCUCUUCCUCGUGGGCACCAAGAAGGACCUCGGCUCUCCUGAGCAGCUGGCUGACGUGGAAGAAGAAGCCAUCAGACUCUCAGAGGAAAUCAGGGCGGAGUUCUGGGCGGUUUCUGCAAAGUCAGGUGACGGCGUGAGAGACUUCUUCCUGCGCGUGGCCGCUUUGACCUUUGAGGCCGACAUGCUGUCGGAGCUGGAGAGACGCGGCUCACAGAACGCAGACGACAUCAUCAGGAUCAGCGGCGGCAAAGACGAGGAGCGCCGGUCUGCCGGGAGGAAGGCCAACUGCUGCUGACCACAGAGGAAAGGGGACGAGCGUCAUGGCCGCCGACAAUUUGUGUGUAAAUUAGACGACAAUAAACCCAAAAUGGAAGUUUUCUGCCCCGACUGGAUUGUUGACUUCCUGCCGCCGAGUCAUGUGUCUCGGCGCGACUAAUCCCGUGACCUCAUGAC